GUAUGAUGUGUUUUUGAGUUUCAGGGGUGAAACUCGCCAUGGUUUUGUAUCCCAUUUAUAUGACGAAUUGGAAAGCACAGGAAGGAUUAACACAUUCAUGGAUGAGGAAAAGCUGGAAGUAGGGAAGGCUAUUUCUCCAAAUCUGCUAAUGGCAAUUGAAGAAUCAAGGUUGGCUAUAGUUGUUCUGUCGCCAAACUAUGCUUCUUCUCCCUGAUGUUUGGAUGAACUUACCAAGAUUCACCAAUCCAUGGAAGGGAGGGACAGAAUUCUGCCAGUUUUUUAUCAUGUAGAUCCUUCUCAUGUACGACAUCAACUGGGGAGUUAUGCAGAAGCCUUUACUAGGCAUCAUAAAGAUUCUAGGCAAAGCAAAGAGAAGUUGGACCAGUGGAGACUUGCUUUGAAAAAUGUGGCCGAUCUCUCUGGAUGGGAUACAAAAAAUUUUCGGUCUGAAAGAGAACUUGUUAAACGCAUUGUGAAAUUUGUCCGCAAUAAGGUACUUCAAGUUCCACCACGGCCUAUUCCAUUUGAGUUCAAAGCGCAGCCCACUGAUGAUUUUGAAUCAACCAGACGGGCCAGGGAUAACCUCAUUAAGGCACUGAAAGAUAAUCAUAUCACUGCCAUCGGGGUAUAUGGCAUGGGAGGAGUUGGCAAGACAACUCUGGUGAAACAUGUCAGCGCACAAGCCCGAGAACUUGGGCUUGUUAAUUAUGUGAUUAGGGCUGUUGUAGGCCAGAGCCCUGAAUUGAGAAAUAUUCAAGGCACAUUGGCCGAUCAGCUGGGAUUAAAAUUCGAGAAGGAGGAGACAGAAAUCGGAAGAGCCGCUAGAUUGCUGGAGAGGAUAAUGGGAGGAAAUAAGAUCCUCAUAGUCUUGGACGACGUUUGGCAUAGACUAAAUUUGUCAAGAAUAGGAAUUCCCUCCUACGACGAGCUUCAAAGACGCAAUUCCAAACUCAUACUAACCUCAAGGAGAAUGCAUAUUUGCUAUUCCAUGGAGUGCCAAGCAAGAAUUCAUCUCGAUAUCUUAUCAGAAGAAGAUUCUUGGAACCUUUUUGUGGAACAAUCGGGAAAGUCUUUUCAUAAAUCUACCGAGCUGUAUGAUGUAGCAAGGAAGGUAGCUAGAGAAUGUGAUGGUCUCCCACUUUCCCUGAUAAUAGUUGCACGAGCACUUGGAGAUAAAGAAAUAGAAGAAUGGAAAAAAGCAGCUCAACGACUAGAAAUGUCCCAACCAGCCAAUCCUGAUGAUGGUAGAGAUCAGUACAUAUGCGUAGUGUUGAGCUAUGAUUACUUGAGAUCUGAUGAUGCCAAAUCAUUCUUCUUGCUUUGUUGCCUGUUCCCAGAAGACUAUAAUAUCCCAAUUGAAGGCAUGCUCAAGUAUGCAAUCGGGAAAGGAUUGCUUCAAGAUGUCAAAACAAUCCAAGAGGCUAGAGCUACAGCAAAUUCGGUGAUCAAGUCCCUCAGAGCUUCUGGCUUACUUUUGGACGGUACAAAGGGUUGUGUAAGGAUGCAUGAUGUAGUGCGGGAUGCAGCCAUGAUGAUUUCGCUGUCUGAAGAUGGUCAUAAUUUUUUGGUAAAAGCUGGUUGUGCAUUACAGCGUUGGCCAAGGAUCAUAGUGCAUACAAGCUACUCUGCAAUCUCACUAAUGAUGAAUGAUAUUGACAGGCUUCCUGAAGAGUUGGUAUGCUCAGAACUCCAGAUUUUGUUACUACAAAACAAUGCUGGUAUAUAUGAGAUCCCAGAAACUUUUUUUCUAAGUUUGAAUGCGCUAAGGGUCUUAGAUAUUAGCUUCACUAAUAUCUCGUUACCACCCAGGUCAUUUAACAUCCUAACCAACCUCCAAGCUCUGUUUUUAGAUUAUUGCAAUAAGUUAAUUGACGUAUCCAGAUUCAGAAACUUGAAGAAACUUGAGAUUCUUAGUAUGAGAGAGUUUCCUCUUCAGGAGUUACCGAAAGAGAUAGGAUAUUUGACCAAUCUAAGGAUGCUGGAUGUAAGUGGGAGUUACACUAUUGGUAUAUUUCCAUAUAAUGUGAUGUCAAGAUUGUGUAAAUUAGAAGAACUGUACAUGCAAUGUAAUUCUGGGGGCUGGGGAAGCAAAAUUCAUGGAGGAGGAGAAGAAACUAAUGUUGGUCCUGAUGAGUUGAUUGGCUUGACACAUUUAAACAUUGUGAAGCUUCACAUAUCUGAUGCAGAAUGCUUGCCUAAAACUGUUAUACACAGUUUGAGUUGGAUAAACUUUGAUAUAUGUAUCAGCAGAGAAUCACCAUCUAGAGACUACUCUUCAAAACCAUAUUUUUCAGAUGAUCAUCCAAGAACCUUGACUCUUAGCACAACAAUCAAGAGCUUACCAGAUUGGUUUAUCAACACGGUGACUGAGAAGGCAGGGAAACUACAGUACCUAAAGUGCAAGGGCCUAAAGAACAUUCUUGUGGAAUAUGACAGAGGAAGGUUACAUGGAUUGAAGUAUCUAGCUGUAAUUGGUCCCCAUGAGAACUUGAAAGUGUUGAUGGAAACAAUUACAUGGAUGCCAAAUCAACCUGUGUUCGAGAACUUGGAAGAGUUGCGUCUCCUUGGCGUGAGUUGCCUGAAGGCAUUAUGUCUUGGUGAAUUACCACCCGGGUCUCUAUUCAAUCUUAAGUCAUUAAAGGUGGAAUAUUGCCAUGACUUGGUGAGUGCAAUGUUGCAGUCAAAUUUGUUGAAGAGUGUACAAAAUCUGGAAAAACUUCACUGUGAAGAUAUGAAUGGAAUGGAGUAUGUGUUUGGAUCUGAAGGGUUGGAGCCAGAAGGUAUUAUCUUGACAAAAUUGAGAGAGAUGAUAUUGUGGGAUCUGGAGAAACUGAUAAGCAUAUGGAAUGGUCCUGCUCCAAAUGCAGUGUUCCGUAACCUUAAAAGUAUGGCAGUGUCCGGGUGCAAGAAAUUGAAAAGUCUUUUCACAUACGAUGUAGCUGAAUGUCUUUUUCAUUUGGAAGACCUUUCAGUGACUCAAUGUCCUAGCUUGGACAGGGUUAUUGAACCAAGCAAGGAAGCAGUGAACAAGAAGAUAUGGUUUCCAGCAUUGAAGAUCUUGGCUUUGUCAUAUCUUCCACAUCUCACAAGGUUCUGCAGUACUGACAGUGCUACUAUUGAGUGCCCUUCAUUGGAGCACUUGCAUGUGCAGGACUGCCCCCAUUUUACAACAUCUAUUUCUGACUUCCACAGCUGGAAGCAAUUCCAAGUCAAUGAUCUACGACAUUUGAGAAUGAGCAAAGACAUGGUCAACAUCGAUUUAGCUGGUCAGCAUACCACGGACAUUCUUGAGAGCCUACCCCAGAAUAUCAGAAAGCGGGUUGAGGUUAUUAGAGAAAUUCAGCGUCAACAUGAUGAGUUACAAACCAAGUUCUUCAAGGAGAGAGCAGCACUUGAAGCCAAGUAUCAGAAACUAUAUCAACCUCUAUUCAGAAAGAGAUACAUGAUUGUAAAUGGUGUGGUUGAAGCUGAUGGAGUUACUACAGAAGCAGCAGCAAAUCAAGAGGACAAAUCUGCAAAAGAUAGAGGAGUUUGUGAUUUCUGGCUCAAUGCACUGAAGAAUAAUGACAUGCUGGCCAAUCAGAUUACUGAGCGUGAUGAAAGAGCUCUUAAAUAUCUUAAAGACAUAAAGUGGUUUAGGAUACAUAAUCCUAAGGGGUUCAAACUUGAGUUCUACUUUGACACCAAUCCAUUUUUGAAAAACUCUAUCUUGACAAAGACAUAUCACAUGAUUGAAGAUGAACCACAGAAAGCAGUAGGUACGGAGAUUGAAUGGUAUCCGGCAAAAUGCCUGACAAAGAGGAUCCUUAAGGGAUUGAAGAAUUCUAAGCCACUCACUAGAACUGAAAGUUGUAAAAGUUUCUUCAACUUCUUUAGUCCACCUCAUCUCCCCGAGGAUGAUGCAGAUGUUGAUGAAGAUGUUGCUGCGGAACUCAAGAACCUAAAGAAACAAGAUUAUGUUAUUGGGUCAAUCGUUCGAUAUAAGAUUAUCCCACAUGCUGUUUCAUGGUUUACGGGUGAGGCUUUUUAGGAAGGUGAUUCGGGGAUAAAGAUGAAGACAUUCAUUGAAGAUAAGAAUGGGAAAGAUGAAGAUUUGAUGAAGAUGAAGAAAACAACCAAAAAGAAGAUAUCGGUGGGCAGAAGAAGGGUGGAAGAGUAUGAAACAAGCGGCCUCCAAUUGCAAACAGCAGUAGAAGAAUACAAUUGAUGCAGGAAGAUGGUUGAGCAGCUGAGAGUUCUUAAUGGAACUUUCAGUCUCUUUUGAUACAAAAGCGUCUUUGAGCAGUUUUACUUGGUACGUUUCAUUGCUUCAAUAUACUUGUUUAGCUUUUGUUGCAUGAAGUCAUAGUUGGAGUCUUCCUCUUUAUUUGUUUUUCUGCUUGUUUAAAAGGGGGCGCAUUUGAUCAAGAUGUUUGACAGGUUCUUGUUAUUUUUUGAGGCAUGUUAGAAUGUUGGAAGUUAUAUACAACAUGCUUAGUUGCUUGUAUAUUAACGAUAUGUGUAAUUUCUGGUAAGAAAGAAAAUAUUUGAUGAAACACAA